UUUAUUGUGACUAACCUGAAAAGCGCGUUCUAUGAAGAUGUUGUCACAGCGUCAGCUGUUUUCCGUGCAUACAUUCAUCGUUGAUGUGUUUUGUGUUGCAUGACCUUAUAUUACAUUUGUCCUGAAAAUAUCUUGCGGAAAUAAAUAAUUUUGAGUGUCAAGAAAAACAUGUCUGGUUUCGUGAAAAUGUGUGAACUUUGUGGUGGUCAAAUUAGUGAACAGUCAGAAUUUUCCUUCGAGGACAUGAUCACUAACUGGUUAGAUGAAAAUCCUGAAUUUGCUUUCAAGUACUUUGUCAAAUCAGCAUCUCCAAGCAUGGUUGAAGCCUGGGCUAAUGGACGAAAUCAUAGUGAAUCUGAUGGCCUCUUUGAUAACUCAAUAAAUGUCAUGGACGAGCAUAGUGAUAAAAAUGAUGAUAAAAUUUCUGUUACUACUUCUCUAUCACUACCAAUACGUAAGAUAAGCAGCCAGGAUUUGGAAUUAACCCAUGACAAGCGUAUUUUAUCUUCUAACGAAGAUGGAAAGCCCACAUUUAUAAACUCUGUGUUCUUUCCUUCCCCUACCACUGAACACAUCGAUUUAAAUUCUAGUCUUGCUCGUCAAACUGUGCCUUCACCAAGUCGAUCAACACAUCCAACUGAGAGAGAUUUGAUGAGUGAACUUGCUUUGGACAUUUGUCAUGAACUUGACGUGACAUCUUUAUGCUUUAAAAUUGUCCAGAAUGUUUGUAGACUAAUCAACGCUGAUCGCGGAUCAUUUUUUCUUGUGGAAAAGUCACGUUCAACCGGUGAGGAUGUUCUUGUUAGUAAACUUUUUGACAUUACAUCUGAGUGUAUAUUGGACGAUGUUUUACAACGAUGUUCCUCUAAUCACAUCAUUGUUCCUUUUAAUGUUGGUGUAACUGGCUACGUCGCACGAACUGGAGAUUACGCAAAUAUUCCGGACGCAUACGCUGAUCCUCGAUUUGAUGAUUCCGUAGAUCGUGUAACGGGAUAUAAAACGCGCUGCCUUUUAUGCAUGCCUAUAAAAAAUGUUGACGGAAAAGUGUUAGGUGUUGCACUGGUUAUCAAUAAGACAGUUCCUUCUGAUCAGCAUCAUGAUCGAGGUAUCAACUCAGUUCAACCUAGUAGUUGUGAGAGUGAAUCAAUCAGGAAACAUGCAUCAUUCACCGAAGAAGAUGUAAAAAUAUUUCAGUCAUAUGUUACUUUCUGUGGUAUUGGAUUACACAAUGCACAGAUUUAUGAACAGAGUCGUUUAGAAACUUAUCGGAACCAAGUGCUUUUGGAACUUGCACGAAUUAUAUUUUCAGAACAACUUGAUAUAACUCGUCUUAUUUAUUCAGUAUUAUCACACACAAUUUGUUUACUACAAUGUCAACGUUGUCAGUUACUUUUGGUGAAAACAACUUCAUCUAUGUCAUCCUAUUCUUCAAUUGAUGAGAUCAAACGAUAUGCGGAUUGUGUUUCGAUACAAAAGAUGGGACCAUUUCAUGAUCAUUUCUCACAAAUCUUUGAAUUAGCGUGGAAUGAAAAAUCAGAUUCGCCUGAUGUUAAGAAAAAAAAGCAUAGUAUCGACGAAGCUCGAUUCCCUGUUCAGUUAGAUUUGGCUAUUCACGUAUUACAAACUGGUGAAUCUCUUCAUGUUAAUAUAAAUGGUACCACUACUAGUUCGAAUAACAAUAACAAUAAUAAUAAUGAAUAUAGGAAAAUUGACAAAACGCUUGAAGAAGAUUUAGAUCCAGUUUGGAGAAGUCGUUCUGUUCUCUGUAUGCCAAUUAAACAUUCCGAUGGUAAAGUAUUAGCUGUAUGCAUAAUAACAAAUAAAUCAACUGUUGAUUUGAGAAUCAAUAAUAAUAAUUUCAGUCAACAAGUUACGCAUCAAUUCGAUUUCAAACCAGUUACAGAUAGCAUUCAAUAUUCAUCAAAUGAUAAUUUAUCAUCUAAAGAACCCAUUACGAUGUCUUCAUCAAUUAACAAUUGGUCUGGAAUAUUUACUUAUUCGGAUGAAUUUUUAUUUGAAGCAUUUGCUUUAUUUGUUGGUUUGGGUAUUUCAAAUAGUCAACUGUAUGAAAGAGCUAUAAGAAGUGCAGCAAAACAAAAAGUUAUCAUGGAUGUUCUGUCAUAUCAUGCUACAGCGCCGACAUCUGAGGCUAAACGCCUAGCUACAUCACUAAUACCGACUAUGAGAUUUUAUCAUUUAGAUAAAUUUUCAUUUACUGAUGUACGAUUAUCAGAUGAAGAUACUCUGAAAGCAUGUAUACGAAUGUUUCAGGAAAUGAAUUUUAUGAAAUCAAUACAUUUCGAUCAGUUAUCAUUUGCUCGUUGGCUAUUAUCUGUACGUAAGAAUUAUCGUGAAGUUACUUAUCACAAUUGGCGUCAUGCAUUCAAUGUGACUCAGACAAUGUUUUGCAUAUUACUAAAAGGUGAUUUUCAGUCAGUAUUUACAGAUCUUGAGUGUUUAGCGUUGUUAACUGCUUGUCUAUCUCAUGAUAUCGAUCAUCGUGGUACAGAUAAUCAAUUUCAAAUUAAAACAAUGUCUCCAUUAGCUAAAUUAUAUUCUACAUCGGUGCUUGAACAUCACCAUUUCAAUCAGUUCAUGAUGAUACUAACCAUAAAGCUUGUGAUACUGAAUGAUGAUCAUUUAUUACAACCAGUUAAAUCUGUAUAA